ACGCGGCGCUCGCGCUCCCGGCUUAAAUGAGCCCGGCGCCCCGCGCCCGCCACUUCAGCGGAUCCCGCGCCGCGGCCGCGGGCGGAGCUGCCCGCCUGUCCGGGGCCGCUCGUCCGCUCCGGGCGGCCGAGGGACUGAGCGCCGCGGGUCGGGAGGCGGCGCCCGUCGGGGGGCUCGGGCAGCGAGGGAGCCCGCCGGGGGCUCGGGCAUGGCGGGCCGCAGGACCUGAGCCCUGGCCCGCGGGGAGGCAGCCUGGUGGCCGGCGAUGGGGACGGAGCGGGGCGGCCGCCGCGCCGAGCCGUGAGCGCCGCCGCCGCCGCCGCCUCAGCCCCGUGAAGCGCCGGGCCGCUCGCGAACAUGGCCCUGGCGCAGCUGUGCCCGGUCCUCAAAGUGUUGUUAAUAACGAUACUGGUAGUGGAAGGAAUCGCAGUGGCCCAAAAAACCCAAGAUGGACAAAAUAUUGGAAUCAAGCACAUUCCUGCAACCCAGUGUGGCAUUUGGGUUCGAACCAGCAAUGGAGGUCAUUUUGCUUCACCAAAUUAUCCUGACUCAUAUCCACCAAACAAAGAGUGUAUCUACAUUUUGGAAGCUGCUCCACGUCAAAGAAUAGAGUUGACCUUUGAUGAACAUUAUUAUAUAGAACCAUCAUUUGAAUGUCGGUUUGAUCACUUGGAAGUUCGAGAUGGGCCAUUUGGUUUCUCUCCUCUUAUAGAUCGUUACUGUGGCGUGAAAAGCCCUCCAUUAAUUAGGUCAACAGGGAGAUUCAUGUGGAUUAAGUUUAGUUCUGAUGAAGAACUUGAAGGACUGGGAUUUCGAGCAAAGUACUCAUUUAUUCCAGAUCCAGACUUUACUUACCUAGGAGGUAUUUUAAAUCCCAUCCCAGAUUGCCAGUUUGAGCUCUCAGGAGCUGAUGGAAUAGUGCGUUCUAGUCAGGUAGAACAAGAAGAGAAAACAAAACCUGGCCAAGCAGUUGACUGCAUAUGGACAAUUAAAGCUACACCAAAAGCUAAGAUUUAUUUGAGGUUCCUAGAUUAUCAAAUGGAGCACUCAAAUGAAUGCAAGAGAAACUUCGUUGCAGUCUAUGAUGGAAGCAGUUCUAUUGAAAAUCUGAAGGCCAAGUUCUGCAGCACUGUGGCCAAUGAUGUAAUGCUUAAAACAGGAGUUGGAGUGAUACGAAUGUGGGCAGAUGAAGGUAGUCGGCUUAGCAGGUUUAGAAUGCUCUUUACUUCCUUUGUGGAGCCUCCCUGCACAGGUGGCACUUUCUUUUGCCACAGCAACAUGUGCAUUAAUAAUUCUUUAGUCUGUAACGGUGUUCAAAACUGUGCCUACCCUUGGGACGAAAACCACUGCAAAGAAAAGAAAAAAUCAGGACUAUUUGAACAAAUCACUAAAACUCAUGGAACAAUUAUUGGCAUUACAUCAGGGAUUGUCUUGGUCCUUCUCAUUAUUUCUAUUUUAGUACAAGUGAAACAGCCUCGAAAAAAGGUCAUGUCUUGUAAAACUGCUUUUAAUAAAACUGGGUUCCAAGAAGUGUUUGAUCCUCCUCAUUACGAACUGUUUUCACUAAGGGACAAGGAGAUUUCCGCAGACCUGGCAGACUUGUCGGAAGAGCUGGACAGCUACCAGAAGAUGCGGCGCUCCUCCACCGCCUCCCGGUGCGUCCACGACCACCACUGCGGAUCGCAGGCGCCCAGCGCGAAGCAGAGCAGGGCCAACCUCGGGUCCAUGGAGCUUCCUUUCCGAAACGACUUUGCACCGCCACAGCCCAUGAAAACGUUUAAUAGCACCUUUAAGAAAAGUAGCUACACCUUCAAACAGGCACAUGAGUGCCCUGACCAGGCCCUAGAAGACAGAGUAAUGGAGGAGAUUCCCUGUGAAAUUUAUGUCAGGGGGCGAGAAGAUUCUGCACAAGCAUCCAUAUCCAUCGACUUUUAAUCUUCCACUAAAGGUGACGUUGAUUAUUAAGUAUGUAUGUACGCACCCUACAGAGCACCCGUGCUGUGUUCCGCAGCCAACCCUUUUUCCCAUCAAAACUAGGAAGACCUUUAUUUACCCUUAACCUCCUGUAAUGGUAUGUUUUUAUUCUCUCUCGGGCAGUCUAUAUGUGUUAAACCAACCAAGGAGCUUACUAUAUUCGGUAGAAAAAAUAGCAGUCAUCUGUUGCCUGGCAUCAUACAAAGAAAGCACCACCAGUCAAACAGCAUUUGAGGAGAGGAGUGGUUUUGCUGAACCACUCAAGGUUCGGGCCGCCUAUCAGUUCCAGCAUCAGGAAUACUCCUCUUGACUGAUCCAGCUCUGUCAAUAUUUUGAUCCCACAAUAAACUCAAAAAUAAGAUUUUUCUUUA